UUCCCUCUUUACUUCUCUUCUUGUUUCAGUUUCAACUUUCUUCAGCAAAAUGGCGAUGAAGAAAUAUCUAAUUCUCUCGAUUCUUCUACUCAGUCUCAUUUGCUUCAACACGGCGUCGUCUUUACACAGCAAAAAUAUUGAAGAAGAAGAAGAAGAUCUCAGUUUCCUCGAAGAAGAGGAUUCUGCUGCUGAUGCUCAUUCAGAUUCCAAUCCGUACGGAGACCACCACGAUUACGAGAACUACGAUGAUCUUGAGGAGGAUUCCGAUGCUUCGGAUCAAGGAUACGACUCGUACGAGCCGCCGGCAGUGGAUGAGAAGGAUGUUGCGGUACUGAAGGAAGGGAAUUUCAGUGAGUUUAUUGCGAAGAAUAAACAUGUUAUGGUUGAGUUCUACGCGCCUUGGUGCGGUCACUGCCAGGCACUCGCGCCGGAGUAUGCUGCGGCCGCGACGGAGCUGAAAGGAGAGAAUGUUCUGCUUGCUAAAGUGGAUGCUACUGAGGAAGCUGAGCUGGCUCAGAAGUAUGAUGUUCAAGGCUAUCCCGCUGUUUUCUUCUUCAUUGAUGGCCUUCACAAGCCUUACAAUGGUGAAAGAAACAAGGAUGCUAUUGUUUCAUGGAUAAAAAAGAAGACUGGACCUGCUCUAUCAAAUAUAACGACGGCAGAGGAGGCAGAACGUGUCUUGAAAGAUGAGAAAAAAGUAGUGUUGGCUUAUUUGAAUGAUUUAGUGGGUGAUAAAAGUGAAGAGCUUGCUGCAGCUGCUGCACUAGAAGAUGAUGUCAACUUCUAUCAGACUGCCAGUCCAGAUGUGGCAAAGCUCUUCCACAUUGAUUCUCAAGCCAAACGUCCAGCUCUUGUCAUAAUUAAGAAGGAAGCCGAAAAUAUCAACCACUUCGGCGGUGAGUUUACCAAGUCAGCAAUAGCUGAGUUUGUUUUUCAGAAUAAACUUCCUCUUGUCACCUAUUUUACUCGGGAAAGUGCCUCAGAGAUAUUUGAAAAUGCCAUUAAGAAGCAGGUGAUCAUUAAGCUAACAAUAGCAGAAAGUCUUUCGUGUUUUUUUUUUUCAAAAACCUUGCAGCUUAUCUCUGUGUAUGUUGAAAUCGACAAUGAAGAUGUUGGAAAACCAGUUUCAGAGUACUUUGGCGUUAGCGGUGAUGCCCCAAGAGUUCUCGCAUAUACAGGAAAUGAAGAUGGGAGGAAGUUUGUACUGGAAGGUGAAAUAACCUUGGACAGUGUCAAGUCAUUCGGGGAGAAGUUUUUGGAAGACAAUCUAAAACCCUUUUAUAAAUCUGACCCAAUCCCUGAGACUAAUGACGGGGAUGUUAAAGUUGUAGUUGGCAAUAACUUUGACGAAAUUGUUCUAGAUGAAUCAAAAGAUGUUCUUCUUGAGAUAUAUGCUCCUUGGUGUGGACAUUGUCAAUCACUAGAACCCAUAUACAACAAGCUUGGCAAGCAUUUAAGAGGCAUCGACUCCCUUGUUGUUGCCAAGAUGGAUGGUACAACAAAUGAGCAUCCCCGGGCCAAGUCUGAUGGAUUCCCAACACUUCUGUUCUUCCCAGCUGGCAACAAGAGCUUUGAUCCAAUUACUGUUGACACAGACCGUACAGUGGUGGCCUUCUACAAAUUCCUGAAAAAGCACGCAUCUAUCCCCUUCAAGAUUCAAAAGCCGGCCUCAACACAGAAACCUACAGAGUCUGAUGCCAGUUCAAGCCCCGAGAGUACCACUAAUGAUGUUAAGGAUGAACUGUGAGAUUUUGUAGGUUCUAGCAUAUUAGUCAAAGUUUGGCUUUAGAAAAACUCCAAACAUGCCUUAGCGCGGUUUAAAGGGUGGAAGUGGAACAUGAGAAAGUGAUAGCAAUGUUUGCAUUGAAAGAUGUAGGUAGGAAUACAAAGUAGAAAGAGACACCCGGGCAUUUGUUUUUUAAUGGUUUGAUAUUCUUGUUUCUUUUUUGAUUGACUGAAAAUAAGUUAUGGUGUAUCGGAACUCAGACAAGAGAUGUUUCUUCUAAUGAGGUUCUUCUUGCAAAUUGACCUGCCUUU